AUGGCGUCUGAACAAGUUAUCACCUGGCAUCCUGCUGAUAUUUUCUCUGAUCAUCCAGCCGACCACAAGGAAUUCGCGCUGAUUGCUUUAAACCAGCCUCUAGAACUUCCGUGUAACAUCUACAAGAAGCUAUGGGAUAAUGCUGUCUAUCACAUUGCAGCUGACGGUGGAGCAAACCAAGUGUAUGAUAAGAAUCAUAAGACACCCUUCAAUGGAGAUUUUCUGGACCCAGCUCUCCAAGAUGAGAGGAAGGCUAAAAAUUAUCUUGAUAUUGAUACCAUCAUUGGCGACUUCGAUUCUAUGUCCUCCAGCCUUUUCAAGUAUUUUGAGAAUAAUGGCACCGAAAUUAUUCGAGAUGGUGAUCAAUAUUCCACAGAUUUUACGAAAGCGGUGCGAUAUAUCAAAACUUUUGAGCAACCUGUUGACUCGGAAAGGACCCCGCCAUGUCCUGAUCGACAGAAGAAGUUGGAUCAACUGAAGCAGCUACCCAAAUCUCUCGACAUUAUUUGCCUCGGCGGCUUGGGUGGAAGAGUUGACCAAGCCCUUUCACAACUUCAUCAUCUUUAUAUGUUCCAACAAGAACCAAAUUACUCUAAGGGCAAAAUGUACCUAGUUUCUAGUGAAGCAAUAACUUUUGUUCUCAAGGCUGGAAAACAUAAAAUCAAGAUCAAGGAAGAGGGUAAAUUGUUAAAAUUGGGAAAACAUAUCGGGAUUUUACCAAUAAAAGAGCCAUCAGUGAUUACCACGCAGGGUUUAGAAUGGGAUGUCACUGAUUGGAAGACGGAGUUUGGGGGUGAAAUGAGUACCAGCAACCAUGCAAGGGAGGAUUGGGCGACCAUUGAAACCACGAAGGAUGUUGUUUUUACGAUUGAUUUUGUUCUCAGGAACUUGGAUGAAUGA